AAAAGCCCAAGUUCGGCUAAGCCAGUGAGACGCACGAACAUAGAAAGCCCAAAUAUUCUCUGCUAAUUGCUCUAACUGAUCGCUAGGGUAUCGAAGAGGCCACAGAGAAGAGAGGAGCGGCCAGUCGUCCACAGCGCCAGCGGAGCUUCGACAAUGGUUCUCAAGACUGAGCUUUGCCGCUUUAGUGGUGCCAAGAUCUAUCCUGGAAAGGGGAUCAGAUUCGUUCGGUCUGAUUCUCAGGUUUUUCUUUUUUCCAACUCAAAAUGCAAAAGAUACUUCCACAACCGUCUGAAGCCAGCAAAACUUACCUGGACAGCAGUGUACCGCAAACAACAUAAGAAGGAUAUUGCAGCAGAAGCUGUGAAAAAGAGGCGCCGAGCUGCUAAGAAGCCAUAUUCAAGGUCUAUAGUUGGUGCCACAUUGGAAGUCAUUCAGAAGAAAAGAGCAGAGAAGCCAGAAGUUCGCGAUGCUGCUCGUGAAGCUGCCUUGCGUGAAAUCAAGGAGAGAAUAAAGAAAACAAAGGAUGAAAAGAAGGCAAAGAAAGCAGAAGUAAUGGCCAAAGUAAAAACUACGAAGGGUAACAUGCCCAAAGGUCCCACAAAAGGUCCCAAGCUUGGUGGAGGCGGUGGGAAGAGAUAAUUUUUGUGUACCCUCAACCUUCAUUGUGAAGAUAGGGUAUUGCCUCAACCUUAUUUCCUUGGUUUCUGAACAUUGUAGGCAACAUGCCUCAACCUUCAUUUUCUAAUUAAUGAGACACCCCAUCUUGUGAAAUACUGAAAUACUACGUAGUACUUGUUAUCAUGACUAACAUGGAGUUCUAUUGAAACUGAUCUGUUGGAGUUGUAAUACGCCUGUUUGGUGAAGAUAGGGUAUGGGUGGCAUUACAUAUAUCAAUUUAAAAAAUGUUCAAAUUGCGUUUUUUUGUGGCAUUUGUGCAAUGAUCUCAUUGGAAGCC